UGAUGUGAAUGAUUUGUUUACUUUUUUUAAGUUUGUUCUUUUCCCGCGAGUUUUCAAAAUUUGCUAGUGUAUCUCAUUCAAACUAAUUGUGGUUGAAAUUUUGAUAAUUUCAUACAUUAAUUCAAUAGUAUGUCUCCCAUUAAAAUCAAGUUUGUGUCAAGGAAAAUAAAUAAAAUCAGGUGGCAGCCUAAAAGCACAUCAGUGUUUGUAACCGGUUCUUAUAAUGAUGAUGAUAAUCAAAUUUGUGUGUGGAAAUUUCCUGAUCCUCAGUCUCAUAUGAAUGAUGAUGUUGAAAAUGAUGUAGAUGAUGAUCCUCAAAUCAUUUCCACUAAGUCAUUCACAGGUUCUGUUACUGAUUUAAAGGUAGCUUCUGAAGAAUUAAUAUUUGCAGCAUCUUCAUUAGGAUCCAUCUUUUUAUUUAAAUAUCAUGAUGAGAAUCUUCAAUGUUUACAUGCAUGGGAAAAAUUGCACAAAUUUCAAAAUAAUACAGCUUCUGCUACUGGAAUUGCAAUAAAGAGUGAAGAUGUAGCUAGUGUUGGAGAAGAUGGAAAGUUGUGCUUACUUAAUUUCAGCAUUAACCAAAAAGUUAGAGAAAUAGCUAGCUCAGAUUUGUGUUCAUUUACAUGUGUGACAUAUUUAAGACACCAUGAAAUAGUUGCUGGAAAUUCUUUGGGAUAUCUAAGAUUAUGGGACCUUCGUAGUCCUUCUGAGGCAUCAAGCCAUUUAUUAACUCUCUCAAGAGAACAGAGAGGUGUAUCCUGCAUGAACACACAUCCAACCCAGUCACACAUUUUAGCAACUGGUUAUGAGGAUGGAUCUUUAUGCAUUUGGGAUAUGCGUCAAGAUAGAAAACCCAUGUCUCAACUAGAAGGUCAUUCAGCAGCAGUGACUGAACUUUUAUUUCAUCCAACUAAUCCAGAUUUUCUAUAUACUUCAUCUUUAGAUAGUUCUGUUUGGCAGUGGGAUGCUUCAAGCCUUCGAAAUCCUGCCUUUUCUUUUAGCACUCCUAUGGACACUCAAGAAACAAGUUUCAGUAAAGGAAAUCCUUGGUUAAAUUGCGAUGCUCAUAAGCAUAAAUUGGAAAUAACUUCUCUAUCUGGACAAACUUGGACCUGUGUUAACAGCUUGGAUUUGAGUGGAACUAUGUUGAUAUGGGGAACAGAUAAUGAAGAACUUUGUAUAUUAAACGAUAUUGCAAUUUAAAUGUUUCCUAAUUAUAGAUUUAUGAAAAGUUUUUCUGUGACCAAAUACUCAUCUUGUGUUAUUUUUAAGGGAACAUUUCACUGUCACAUGAAAUUUGUUGCAAUCGCAACACUCAACAAUCAUUAAAUUAUUACCAUAAAUACAAUGUUUUUUAUAUUCUUUUAACACAAAAAAAUGUGUUUUUUUUAAAAAAAUAAACCUACCUUCCUUUUCCAUUGUAU